AUGAACUCUAGAAAAUUCUUGAAGAAAGUUAGGUAAAUAACAGAGAGAAGACCAAGAGAUGUCCCUCAUAAACUACCAAUAUUUCACAACUUGGUUCAGCGAAUGAAGGAUAGAGAUACUCGUUACUACACUUUUAUCUCAUUAUUUACAACUGGAUAUAUGUAUUCUCUCUACAAAGCCACAAGAUCUGAGAGUGAAGUUUUAAGAAUGGGAGCAGCAGGCUCGAUAACUGUGUUACUGGGAGAGAGUACCUUUUAUUGCAUAGAUGCAAUCAAUAUGAGGUCUAAGAUUUUGAAUGAGAAUGUGAGAUUCAUAGAUAUGGUGAGGCAUAUUUUAAAGAAUGAGGGUAUUUAUGGUCUUUACAAGGGUUAUUCCGCUUCUUAUUAUAGUUCCAUUCUGUAUGGUUAUCUUUACUUUUAUAUCUAUAAGGGACUAAAACUGUAAUUGAAAGAUUAAUUUCAGCCAUCAUCUACCAGUUAAUUCGCAGCAAUAUAUGCUAGUGCUUCAACAAUUGCAGAGGUCAUUGCACUAAUGAUUUAUUAUCCCUAUGAAUUGGUGAAAGUAAGAUUCUUAACAAAGAAUGACAAAUACGGUUAUCAUUCAGUGUCUGAUGCCUUUUAUAAAAUUUUAAAAAAGGAUCACUUUAGUGGACUCUAUAGAGGACUAUUCGCUUUCUUCAUUACAUUUAUGGGAUAAUACACUCUUCAAAUGACAGCCUAUGAGCUUAUUAUUGAUCGAAAUGUCAAAGCAUUAGGUCUAAAGGAAUAUUAAAAGUAUGAAAGUUAUUAUGUCAUGAAAGCUUCGGUUUUGAGUGGAGUUGUUGCAGCAUUAUUUACUAAUAGUUUGGAAGUUAUAGUGGUUAGGCAACAAAGUGAGAGUGGUUAGACUGUUCAGUAAAUAUUCAAAGAAGAAGGAUUAAAAGUGUUUACAAAAGGUCUAGGGGCUAAAUUACUUAUGACGUCGUGUUCUAGUAUAAUGUUCUUUAUGAGUAUGCAUCACAUAGGAAAGUUGUUUAAUACUAACCUCAAUGAGGAGUCUGAAUGA